CCUCCUCCUCCUCCUCCUCUCACUAACGCUGCUUAGGGGCGAGACACACUUUCUGUUUUUUUUUUCUUCCCGCACCAAUCGCCAGGGAAACGCCGCCGCGCUGAAAUGAACCAGAGCCCGAUGUGCAGCGCGGAUUGACAAGGAAACUUUUACGAUGGCCGCAAAGGCGCAAAAGUAGCCACAAAGCGCGAGAGAGGAAGAGGGACAGAUAGAGGGUGAGAGAGAGAGAGAGAGAGAGAGAGAGAGAGAAGGCGAAAUAUCUGUGCUCAGCUCUCCAGCACACGCAGGCGCAGGGCUAGAGAAUGUCCGCGGUGAGAGAUCACUGCAGCUUCUAACGGCAGGCAGCACGCUGGUUUUCCUGGAAGCUCCCGAGUCCUGAGUCGGCCUCCUGAAGCCGUUCCGUUUUUCUUUUCUUUUUUUGUCGACCUUUCCUGCUUUUCACUCUGUUUCCGAGGCUGUUGUUUUGAACCGGUGAUAGAGAAUAAUUAUGGCGGGGAAAGGGACAUCACAAGGCACGGGAAUAUUGCUGGUGACGGCCAACGUCGGCUCACUCUUCGAAGAUCCCGAAAACCUUCAGAAGACAUGGCUGCGGGAGUUCUAUCAGACGGUGCACACACACAAACCGCAUUUUGUGGCGUUACACUGUCAAGAAGUGGGCGGGAAAAAUUACGAGGAGUCCAUGGCACAUGUGGACAGCUUCGUCAAAGAGUUACUGUCCAGUGAUGCCAUGAAGGAGUACAACAGAGCCCGUGUCUACCUCGAUGAGAACUUCAAGUCUCCGGAGCAUUUCACAGCACUAGGAAGUUGCUACUUUGUACAUGAAUCCUUAAAAACCAUCCACCAGUUUGAUUUCAAAGCCAAGAAGUUCAAGAAGAUGGUUGGCAAGGAGAUCUACUCUGACACUUUAGAGAGCACAUCCAUGCUGGAGAAAGAGAAGUUCCCUCAAGACUACUUUCCCGAGUGCAAAUGGUCUAGAAAAGGCUUCAUCAGGACUCGUUGGGCUUUCGGGGACUGUGCCUUUGACCUGGUGAAUAUUCACCUGUUCCACGAUGCCUCCAACCUGGUGGCCUGGGAGAACAGCCCUUCUGUCUACUCAGGCACAAGACAGAAAGCUCUUGGCUACGUUCUGGACAGGAUCACAGAUCAGCGGUAUGAGAAGUUGCCGUAUUUCCUCUUUGGCGAUUUUAACUUCAGGCUGGACUCAAAGCAGGUUAUAGAGAGUCUGUGUUCUACAGCCACCAUGCAAACGGUUCGAACUGCAGAAACCAAUGAAGUGGACAAGCUCAUAUUCCGAGAGUCUGACAAUGACCGCAAGGUUGUGCUACAACUCGAAAAGAAGCUUUUUAACUACAUUAACCAGGAUGUUUUCCGGGAAAACAAUGGAACGCUGCUAUUAGAGUUUGAUAAAGAGAAGACUGUCUUUAAGGAUCGUCUGCAUGAGCUAGAGAUCUCCUUUCCUCCCAGCUACCCGUACAGUGAGGACAGCAGUCAGGGAAAGCAGUACAUGAAUACGCGAUGCCCUGCCUGGUGUGACCGCAUCCUCAUGUCAUCUUCUGCCAAAGACCUGGUUGCAAAGCCAGAGACUGAGGAGAAGUCGAUAAUAUACGACAAUAUAGGACCUAAUGUCUGUAUGGGGGACCACAAGCCUGUUUUCCUGUCCUUUCGAUUAACCACAGGGGCAGGUAAACCUAAUGCAAAUAAGCACAAGUGUUGUGUCAUGCAGUGAUGUGGUAAAUAUUUUAACUUUCAUUAUUUUUUUUUUCCCAUAUUUUUUUUUUAUCACCUCAUAAUAUGAGUUUUAGAAGUUUGGAAUGGCCAUGUGUGAUUUCUUAUUGUGUGUGUGUGUGUGUGUGUGUGUGUGUGUGUGUGUGUGUGUGUGUGUGUGUGUGUGUGUGUGUGUGUGUGUGUGUUGUGUUGUGUUUUAAUUGGCUAGAUAUAUGCUGCCAAAGAAUGGAGGGGAUUUCACCACAAGCGACCCUGUGAGACACUCUGAGACAGCUGGACACACACACACACACACACACACACACACACACACACACACACACACUCACACACACUCACUUUCUCUAACGCACUCAGAAAACCCUGAUAAGACUUUUCAGCAGGACUGACCAGUCGUAGUGAAACAAGUGCAAGCCAUCACACCGAUUGAAAUGGCAGCAUGUGCCAAAGAGUGAUUUAAGAUUCAGGAACACACAUCAAACGUCAAGCACACUCACAUAGCUCAUGCCGCUCUCCUCUCUUUCGUUUUGGAAGUUUUUCCUGCAACCUUCUCCCAAAACACCAACACAGCGACAAACAACGUAAAGGACAACUCUUCUUCUAUGACAUAGCCUUGUUGGGGAAAAAAAAAACUCUAAUAGAAAAUCAGAAGUACUACAUAUUUUAAAGACAAUACUUGCGAUUUUUAGAUAUGCCUCUACAUUAUAGAAGAUACGUCCAUAUCUUAUGUAAGAAGUUUUAAGACGUGCAAUGCAAAAAAAUAUGUUGUAUAUGUAUAGUGUUAGGUUUAUUUGUACAUUGGAUUAUUAUAUAGUGGUGUUGAUGUUUUUUUUUUUUUUUUUUUUUAGUGCCGUUUUGUUUCUCUUUUGCCGAGCUUGUGCGGUCUCUCUGUUGGAUUAGAUUAGGUUUUUUUUUUUUUUUUAAGUUCAUUUCAACAUUCAUCAGUUGGCUUUAUUUGCCUUUCCUUUUUUUUUUCCUUCCUUAUGCUCUUUUGAUUUGUCGUUGCUGACUCGUGUGCCCAGAACACACUGCCAUGUUUCUGACAGCCACAAUGUCUCAUUUUAUAUACUGUACUUUUUAAAGAGAUGCUAAUUUAUGAUUCUUACCAAAAUGAUUACACUGAGGUAUGGAUAGACGCCUGCCGCAUGUCCGCUGAACCAUUUGAAUAGUUAUAGUUAUAUAUAUUAAAACACACAUCAUCUGAAGUGCACCUUUUUCGGCAGUCAUAUGAUUUUCACGUAGCCUAUCUGAGCUAUUUUAACCAGUGUCAUAGGCCAUGCAAGUAGCUAUAUAAGAUAUUGUUUCAUAUAGCAGUCUCACUCGUUUAUUGCAUUAUUAUUCUUAUCCUAACUUAUUUCUGUGUAAUGAUUUGGUUUUGAAUGUGAUAUUUUAGAUAGGCUUGGGUAUCUUUAAAAAGAAAUGUAAACUUUUUGUUUGUUUGUUUGUUUAAGAAUUUUGUUUGUUUGUUUCGUUUCGUUACGGCGUCAUGGUGCCAAGUAUUGUACACAGCAUACAAGUGUGUGUUAAGAGUUUGUGCAGUCGAUAAGAGGAAACCUGGUCGCUGUGAACUGAGGACUAUUCGGAGUGAAUAGAGUGCCAAAGUAGGCCGCGACGCUGCUUUGAGACACCCUUCAUUAGUGCGGUUUAGGACGCGGCCUGAAGUGCUCCGUCUAUUUCACCAUUAAUCCGCUCUGGCGCUAUAAAAUGGCGAUUAGCAGCCGGCCGACGUUUCCUCAUAUCGAUUAUAAUUUAGUACACUACAUAGUUCACAGGCCGUGUGAAGCAGGUAGUUUGAUAUUUGGAUUUUUUUUUUCUCCUCAUUUCAAUCACCGUUAAGUGAGAAUCAAUUUGCAGCAAACUACAUGUCGUCUUUAAAGAGUAGCUUCCCAAACUGGCAUAGCCUACUAAAUAGUGCUCUUGUAGUGGGAAAUGUGAAACUUUAACAUUGCAGGCCUGUUUAUUUGCAUUGUUGUUGUUUUUGUUUUUUUGUUUUUUGAGGGAAGGAGGGAUAAGGCGUUAUAUAGACGACACGAAUGUACUUUUGUUACCCAAAAAAAUCUUCCACGUACAUUAUUUUAGCAGGAAGCUACUAUUUAGUAAGGUAGUAUGCCUUUUUGGGCGCUGCUCAAGAUCCUUUUCUCCUUCCUGCCGGUCACGUGAUGCGGUGUGUUCCCUCUGUACUAGCAGAUAGAGAUUGAGCUCCAUGGGUGGCCUGGCCUCUUCAAGCAAUAAAACCAUUGGAUCUGAACAAA